AUGUUGAGAUUAGGCCAAUUCCUUCUUUUAUUCAACCUAAUUUCCAAUAUUUUUUCUUCUGAAAACUGCAAUUUUAAUGUGCAUUAUCUAACAUCAUCAAGUCAAUUUCCAUCCAAUUGUUCUCAGCUGAUUGGAAGAUUCCGAAUCGAUCAAAAUACUGAUCUGACGAGUGAUCAACUUGUGAAGCUUUUCGAAAAUGUUCAGGAGAUUCGAGGAGUCUUACAAAUCUGGAAUUCCCAGUUGACUUUUGUCAGUUUUACUAAAAACAUCAAAAGCAUCACCGGAGAUCCGUUAGAAAAUGUGUUAUCAAUUGUUAACAACACCAAAAUGACAGCUGUAAAUCUUUCAUCACUGUUGUAUUCAAAUGGAAAACUUGAAAUUCGAAACAAUCAGAAUUUAAAUUUACAAAAGACCUGUUCAGCUAUUCAUGAUGUCUAUUUUAAUUAUCGAGUUAUCACCGGAAAUUCUUUUGAUUGUGGAUGUGAAAUUCAUGGAAUUUUCAAGUGGCCUCAAGUCGCAAGCUUCCCUGAAAACUGUAUAGUUUUAUACGGAGAUCUUGUUCUGGAAGAGGCCCCACCUCCUUUCAAAGUCUUAUAUAGAUUAUCUUCAUUAACCAAACUUUAUGGAUUUCUUCGUGUAAGAAACACGAAUUUGGAGACAUUAGGGUUUCUCCAGAAUUUGGAAGCUAUCGAAUCAGGACCAGAAGCAGAAUAUACUAUCCAUAUUGAAAGCAAUCAUUAUCUGAGACGUUUGGACUUGAUAAAACUGCAAUCUAUCAAAAGUCGGAACACGGAUUCCAUUGUUCGAAUUGACGAUGAGUUUUGCGUCGACCCAGCAUUCGUUCAAUUAUUAGCUCAAUCCAAAAUGAAAGAAAUUCAAGAUUACCAUGUAAAAACAUUUUGUGAAGCAGACAAGAUAAACAAUCCUUCGAUUUAUUGUAGGGGAAAAUUGUCAGCAGUUAAUGACAGAUGUAAUCGUUAUAUUGGAGAUAUCCUCUAUAUUAAUAAUGAUAUCUCAGACUAUAAUGACAUUCAAAAUUAUACAAAAGUUCCGGCAGCUGACAUAAGAAAGAUUCAACAAUUCGAAAUGGUUUUCGGAUCAAUUUUAAUUGAAGGAAGUACUUUGAAAAACGUUUCUCUGCCAAACUUAAGAGAAAUCUAUCAAGUUUCAGAUGCAAGCUAUGACAUUGGAUACGGAUUUAAAAACAGUGUUGGAUACAAAGCUGUAAUGAAGUUCAGAAGAAAUGAUUUCCUUGAGAAUAUAUCGUUUCCGAAUCUCAAUGUGGCCUAUCAGAAUAUGUAUUUUCUUCACAAUGCGAAUUUGACAAAAGAUGAAACAUUAUGUCAGACUCUGGCAAACCAAAUUGCUAAUGUUUCUGUGAUUGGAAUUGACGCGGAAUAUGAUUGCAGAUCCUACCUGCCCUGA